UUUUGAAGUGGGCUGGACUAUUCACUAAAGAAGGGACGUGCAAGACAGCAUUUGGAAGUUUCAGGAAACAAGUGCGCUACCUCCAGAGGAGAGGAAUGGAAUGCACCCGGAACUCUAUCCUCUUCAACGUGUAACCUGUUGAGAGUUUAGCUAAGCUACCUGCUCACAAGCACCGUUCAUAUGAGGGAGAUGACACCUUGAGACUUUCCAAGAACAAAAGUCCCAAAAAGCCAAAUAGGAUAUCGAUUGAAAAUGGCGUCCCGUGAAGUAAACGGGGAUGAACUUUUAGAAGUUGACAUUUGCGACAGUAUCUACUCUGAAGCGGAAAGCGGAGUUUUUGUCAACUCAGCUGCGUCUUUCUCGGAUAGCUUCUCCGCCUUUCAGAAAUGGAGUGCCAUAUCAAGUCACGGCAACGCCACCGUCUCUGACUGCUCAAAUGACACAUCAUCCCAAACUCAUUGCGAACAGGAGGUCCUGAAUGGAAGUGCCAACGCAGAAGCAGAGGAAACUGGCUGCUAUUCUGAUACUGAGGGCCAGGACGAGAACCUCAAAAUCCCGCGCACCUCAAUCGUGGACUGUCUGCUAGUGGAGCUAUAUGACACCUACAGCAGCAACAGGAGAAGCGUGGACAGCUUGGACAGCUCCACGGAAGCUUCCAGCUCCGAUGCCUUCUUUGGCCGCAGUAACACGGGUUCCAGCUUCCUUCAAGAGCUGCAGGAGAAACACACCAGGCGGCACCAGAUGAACUACUUAGCUCAGAAAGCCCCGGAGCAGCUGCGCUGGAUCAUCCAGGAGGUGAAGUACCGCACCGGUCUGCAGUCCACCAAGCUGCUGCGUCAGCUGAGAAGACGAGACCGCCUCUACCACAAGCUCCAGAAGAACUACGACAUCAUCACCGCCUGCCUGCAGGCCGUCUCCCAGAAGAGACGAGUCGACACAAGGCUGAAGUUUACCUUAGAACCCUCGCUGGGCAAAAAUGGCUUCCAGCAGUGGUACGAUGCCCUCAAGGCUGUGGCCAGGCUGCCGACAGGCAUCCCAAAAGAGUGGAGGAAGAGGGUUUGGCUGACCCUGGCCGACCAGUACCUUCACAGUAUCUCCAUAGACUGGGAGAAGACGCUCCGCUUUGCUUUUAACGAGCGCAGUAACCCUGACGAUGACUCCCUCGGCAUCCAGAUUGUCAAGGACCUCCAUAGGACAGGCUGCAGUUCCUACUGCGGCCAGGAGGGGGAGCAGGACCGGGUGGUUCUGAAGCGGGUGUUGCUGGCGUACGCUCGCUGGAACAAGACUGUGGGCUACUGCCAGGGCUUCAACGUUCUGGCCGCCCUCAUCCUGGAGGUGACGGAGGGCAGCGAGAGUGACGCGCUCAAGGUGAUGAUCUACCUGAUAGACAAGGUGUUACCGGAGAGCUACUUUGCCAACAACCUGCGUGCUCUGUCAGUGGACAUGGCCGUGUUUAGAGACCUGCUGAGGCUCAAGCUGCCCCGCCUCUCACAGCACCUGCACCACCUGCAGAAAGCAGCCAACCGCGAGGCCGGAGGCAGCUAUGAGCCGCCCCUGACCAACGUGUUCACCAUGCAGUGGUUCCUCACCAUGUUCGCCACCUGCCUGCCCCCGGCCACCGUGCUGAAGAUCUGGGACUCGGUGUUCUUCGAGGGCUCCGAGGUCCUGCUGAGGGUGGCCCUGGCCAUCUGGGAGCGGCUGGGCGAGAGGAUCGAGUACUGCCAGACAGCUGAUGAGUUCUACAGCACCAUGGGGUGUCUGACGCAGGAGAUGCUGGAACACAGCCUCAUAGAGCCCACUGACAUGAUGCAGGAAGUGUACUCCAUGGCCGUGUUCCCCUUCCCCCAGCUGGCUGAGCUCAGGGAGAAGUACACCUACAACAUCACUCCCUUCCCCACCUCCGUCAAGGCCAAUGGCAGUGGGCUGGGAGGCUGGGACAGUGAUGACGAUGCUGACAUGGAUGAAGAGGACUCUGUGGUGACGGCUCUGGGCUGCCUGGGGCCCCUGGGGGGCCUGCUAGCCCCCGAGCUCCAGAGAUACCAGAAACACCUCAAAGACCAGAGCAACAUUGGGGAGCUGAGCCCGGGGGCGGUGGGGGCGGGGGUGGCGGGCAGGGCGGAGCACCGCGCCGCCAUCAACAGUAUGAUGGAGGAACGCAUGAGCACGGAUAUCUGGGCCCUGAAGAAGCAGUACUGUCGCAUCAAGAGACGGCAACAGCAGCAGGCCACCCAGGUCUACAUACGCACAGGACCUGGACUGACCACAACCCCCGGGGUCCCCCAAGAUCCCCCCACCAGCCCCAAACAUGACAAGUGCCCCGCCACCAGUGUCCUGGCCUCCCAGCUGAAUCCCUCCUCCCCAGUGGUCAACCACCUCCUCCUGGGUCGUAGGCCCCGCACCUCCAGGGCCAGCCUCACACACGGACCCCCCUCGCCGGGGCUCAGGCCUGCAGCCCUGCCCCAGUCCCCAGCCUCCUCCCCCUCCCGGCCCCAGGCCCAGUCCUGCCCCGCCCAGAUGGGCUCCCCCUGGCGGGCCCACGUACGCUCCCACCGCAGGAACGUGGCCAGGGCACGCGCUCAGCUGGGCUUUGGAGACCCGGAGGAUCAGGAGGAGGUGGGGGAGGAGCCUGGGAUAUGCGACAGACGGUCGUCCGAGAAGGGAGGGGAGAAGAGAGGUGGCGGGGGGGGGGGAGAGGCUGAGGAGGAGGAGGAGAGGAAGGAGGUGGAAGUGGAGGAGGAAAGGAGGAAGGUCAGCCCUCUGCCUUUGUCUCCUUCCCAAAGCUCCUUGGCGGGAGCAGGAGAGGAGGUGGGGGAAGUGGAGGAGGGGCUCGCCUCUCUGGAGCUGGUGAUCGGAGUGGGACCCGCCCCUCCCACAGAGACUGAGCCAAUCGCAGCCCUGGUGGUGCCCCCCUUUGUCCCCGAGGCCACAGCAGAACUGGGACCACCGCCCGCCAUCCCCAUCCUGCCCCCACCGCCGUCGACACGCCGCCGCGAGUCCGACUCCUCCGGCUCCGAGAGCGGCCGCCGCUCCCUCCGCCGCUCCCCCUCCACCCCCCUCACCUUCUCCUCCAUCCCCUUACCUCUCUCCUCUUCCCCCUCCACCCCCCUCGCCCUCUCCUCCUCCGCCUCCUCCACCCCGCAGCGCCUCCCCUCCUCCCCCUCCAGCCCCAGCCUCUCCCCAGAUCCGCCCUUUGGCCUCCCCUCCGCCCCCACUGCCUCCUACCCCAGCACCCCCACCUCCCUGGAGGCGGCCCCCCAUCCCUCCCGGCCCCUGGCCCAGCAGGGAGUCUUCUCUCCGUUCCCCUGCGUCAAGCAGCCCCGCAAGUCACCGGCCGCCCGCAACCUCGGCCUGUACGGCCCCACUCCCCGCACCCCGACCGUCCACUUCCCCCAGCUCAGCCUCGGCCGCAGUAGCGCCUCCGCCACCACCAGGAGGCGCUGACGCCACGUCACCAAGCAGACCCGGAUCUGGACCCGGACCUGAUCCGAAGCAUGGUCUGAACUGUGCUGGAGUUCCAAAGGAGGGGCCCCUGGAUUGGCCCCUGGUGAGGGACAUAUGGGGAGUCUGUGAAUAAGUUAAAGAGGGUAAUAGUGAACCAAUGGGACUCUACCUGACUACCUGACUGUUUGUGUGUGUGUGUUUGUGUGAGGAACACAGAUUUUGGGGAACAAGUGCACUCUUUCCUAUCAAGGGCUCUACGACGGAUACGUACUCUACAUGGUCCGAGAUCGAGAACAAGGACGAGGACACAACGGACGGACGGUUCCAUGCUGGACUGUAUUAAGUUGUAUUCAGUGUGUGCCUGGUCUGGUGAACAUGACCACAGUUGCAUAUAGGCCACAGUUGUAUUGAAGAACAUAUCUAAGGACUGAUUACUGUCUUGUACUGUGGGUUUGCUGUAGACUAAGGGGCCCCAUUGUGGAUGACAGGCAGGCACAAAAGAGUAAAAAAAAUAUCUAUGUCAAUCAGAAGAUGUGAUUGAUAUGACCAUUCAAAGUUACAGAAGAAUUCAAUGGGUUUCGGCAGAAUGAUGAAUGAGAGAGUGAUUGGGUUUUGGCCUAGUGUGCAGCUAAUCGCUUCUGUGGCUAACAACUGUAACUUGUGUCACCGCUGCAUGCUUAGGGCCCAGUGCUACAGUACACCUUCUCCUGAUGUCAGUCUGCAGUGUAGAACUCUACACUCCAACCAGGCCUGAAUGGCCAGAAGGUUGAAAAUCAGUUUUUUAAAUGCUUAUCUGUGCUCGUUUGCUAUUGCCUGGCACAACAGAAUGAAUUUGAAUUUGUCUCAAUAGGUCCAACCCAGCCAGCUUGACACUAGAGCAACACACUCCAGUUUGAAAGUAUUUCUAAUAGUCUUUGAUCAAGGUUUGGCUAAAAUACCCAUACUAUAGAUACAGCGGUACCUUUGGGAUUGCUGUCGUAUAUUAUAUGUAUGUGACCACACAGGAAACACCACAGUCACACCCAGAGCCUAGCUCACUUCUGGUCAGCUGACCUCGCCUAAGCCAAUCUGAGCUAAGCAAGCUGAACAAUCCUAGCUUUCACAUCUUUGCCCAAAAGUGUAAAUCCUUUACAAUGUCUGUACCCUAUGUAAGAUGUGCGUGUGUGCUUUACACAGAAUGUUUAUCCUGCCAAAGAUGCAAAACAAACCUAUAUCCACAACUAGUACUGUUUUAGAACUAACAAAUGCUUAAGAUCACAGUGAGGGAUCCGCUUAGUUCAUAUGCGUGUUGUCAUUUUACAACCUCAAAACUCUCUUGAAUGGUUUUCCUCAGCCUCCGUGAUCGUUUCUGUUGCAUCACUUCCUGUCAUGUCCUUAUCCAGACGUCUCCUUACGAAGGACUGUGUCUGUGAUAGACGAUGUGUUGGUGAGCCGAAAGAAGUACCACAUCCUCCCGCACUCUCUCCUCUGUAACCCUCAAGUGAAGGAAGUCGACACUCCAAAUAAAGAACAGAGAAGCCUGUCUAGCCUGUUGGGUCAUGUUCAUUCCAUGUAUGAGUAAAGCACUGCAUUGUGGGCCGGCUUCACCACAUCCAUUUAGUCUGUCACUGACCUUGUACAGAAUUACAAAUGUUUAUGACUGGAGGCUUGACCAUGGGAUGUAUGUGAGAAGGAGAAGUGUGUAUCCAUGUGUAGGGUCUGGUGUAUGAGAGAAGAGAGAGAGAGGGGGAGAGAGAGAGAGAGGGAG